GAUCGUGUCCUUCCUGUUCCUAAUCGUAUUUGUUUGUGCAACCUGUAGUGACAGUCCAUGGCGGACGGUGGGCAUUAUGCGGACAGUGGCUGCCCUCAGCUGACUCAGAGACAGCUCGAUAAAGAUGUGAACAUGGAGGCCAUUCAGGCACGCAUGAUGCAGGAGAUACAGGCAAAGCUGUCUGCAAAGGAGGAGGAGUUUUGGCGACGGGGGCAGGUAGAGAUCAAACGGCUGCAGCAACAGCAGCAGGAGCACCCUACGUGGGAGGUCACGACCCACUUGGCCAAGAUGCAGGAGCAGCAGUCAGAGAUGGCUCUUGAGAACAAGCAACUGCGAGGUGCGUUAGUGGAAGUCACCUCCAAGUUCGAGAAGGUGCUGAAACAGAUGACCGAGGUCAUCCGGUCACUUCCAAAGCAUUCUUCGCAGGGCAAGCAGCCUCCAUCAUCACCAAGUUUCGCUCCGGAGGCCCGACGCCAGGAAGAUGAAGGAGGCCAUUUGGAAGGUGCGCCGUCUGACACAAGUGGCUCGCUAGCAAUGUGGCAUGGCGCUCGCGGAGCACGAGAAACAGAGGCUGGAAAUUCGGACCUGAAGGCCACCCUGUGCACACCGCGCCGCAUGACAACACAGGACUUUGCCUGCAGCUCUAGCCCAGCAGUACUGUCGAUCGCCAGUGCGCUGCCGUCCACGCACCCCAAGCUCCAACUUCAACUGGCAGAGUGCAUCGACCAGGCAUCGCCCGGGAAAUCAACGGUGACUCCAUCCCCGCCUCCGAGGUCUAAGCGAAUGUCAAUGAGUUCACAAGCAACAGCAGAGUCCUCAGACCACUGCAUCGUGGUUCAGCUCACAAAGGGGCCUGGCUUUACGACACUCGGGAUCGAGGUCAACCAGGAUGAAGAUACAUUGCGAGUCGAACGCGUUGAUGAGUAUGGGCUUGUGGGCAAGUUCAACAGCUCUCAGGAAGGAGAAGGCAAGAUCCUCGUAGGGGACAGCAUCGUGAAGGUCAACGGGGUUGGACAAGAUCCCGAUUCCAUGCUGCAGGUGAUCAAGGAAGCCGAGCAACUGACACUGACUAUACGAACACAGGCGAAUUCACCCACAAGGCUGCGACCAGAGGCGCAAGAGUUCGUGCCCUCGGAGAAGGAGUUUCACCCUCCAGGUGAAAGGCCGGCCCUGGCGUUGCUGCAGGACACUUCGGAUUCAGAGUUUUCGAAGACCGAGAAAGUGAACCGCAAACUUUUCCGUUGACAUUCGCAGGACGAAGCUUGCUGCAAAGGAGGGAAUUUGCAGUCCAGAUGAGAUUCACUGACAGGUUGCAGUGUGCCGAGAAUCAUCUCGAAAUUGACCCAUCAGCCACAGACAACAGGUGUGCGUGUGUGUUCG